UGGAUGGUACAAUGCUGUUCUCCAGCCAGCCUUUCAUCUCCCCUACCCAGAUGACACACUGGCCUUCGUGGUCCUCAGCACGCCUUCAAUGUUUGAGAAAGCCCUUAAACCUUUUGUGAACAAAGAACGGUUAAAAAUAAUCAGGGAUCCUGUGGAUCAGUGUGUUUCUCAUCAUUUAUCACAUGUGAAGGAGAAAUUCCCUGACCAGAAGGUGGACAUCAUCUUUGAUUACGAGAUCCUACCAAGCCGAAAGCCCAAGUUCUUGGCGCAGACAGCUGCCCAUGUUGCUGGAGCCACAUAUUACUACCAAAGGAAGGAUGUGGAGCUUGAUCCUUGGGGUAAAAAGAAGAUCUAUGGCGUAUGUAUCCAUCCCAAGUAUGGUGGUUGGUUUGCUAUCCGGGGUCUCCUCCUGUUCCCAGAUAUUCAGGUACCGUUCCUGGAACAGUCUGCCCCUGUUGACUGUGUGAGCACACAGGAAAAAAGAAUUGAGUUGCUGGAGCAGUUCAAUUUCCACUGGCAGGACGGCCGCUACAGGGACAUAAUUGAAGUGAAGGAAAGGUACUCGGAGGAGCAGAAAGCCUACUUUGCCACUCCUCCAGCGGAGAGAUUCAAACUGCUGGGGCUGACACAAGAAGCCCAGAGAAGCACAUUUCACUGAGUAACACGGCUCCAUGGAGGGGCAGAGGGCAAGCAAACUGUAACUCGUCAGCGCCGCCUUUUCCACGGUGCUGAGGAGGACAGCAUGCUGAUACAGAGAUAGCAAAUCCAAGCAGCGCAUGCAGCGUCCCAAUCCAAACAUCAGCUUAGAGUAAGAGGGAGCACUGCAUCGUGGCACUUGUGGUCUGGAGGAAGGUGGGAGCAGUCUUUCUGUGCUGUUGGUGAUUUGAUGUGUCUUUUUGGGAGUCUGGUAAGAUGCCAGUUAGCCUUUGGUUGAGAAAAGUUCAGACACCCUGGCAACUGGAAAACCUGUGCUGCUCAUUACAGAAGUCAUUUUUGUUCUCAAGAUUUUCUUCCCAAAUGUUUUCGUUUUAUUCUGUGUAAGGGUAAAAAAGUUAAUUUUUAGUCAUUGUACUCUGACUUUUUUUUUUCAUCUGAACUCAGGGCAGAUACUUUUUUAGAUGUAUCCAGCAUUUUAUUAUCCUGUGUUAUAACCCUCUCUAGGGAAUAAAUGUUCAGUCUUUUCAGCCUUGCCUUCCUCAGAAAGAAAAUUUGUCCUGUAUUCCCUCACUUGCAGUGAAGCUGGCUUAAUUUAAUUAAGAAAUCUUUUAAUGUCUUCUUUCCUUAACAUCCAAAAGAAAAUUCUCCAGAGAUUGUUUCAUUGAGUAGCGUGGUCCUGUACAUGCAGCAGGAGUGAGCAAAACACAGCCAACAGCAGCCGCCUCCUUCAGGGUAGUUAAGAGGGGGAAAGGGACAGGACCAAGGUCACAGCUUGAGUCUGAUACGUUUCCUCUUCACCCAGGGUCAGCUUCCCAGAGCAAGGUGACGUCUUUAGGUCAGUUUUAAGCACUUAUCCACUGUAUAGAGCAGCUGACUAAAAUCUUUGGAAAAGUGCUGAAUAAUGUCUAUGUGAGUGGAGUUUUUACUCACAUUAAGAUCACUGACUGAAAAAGUCAAUUCUCAUGACCUUUUUCUAAGGUAGAUGAGGUUUGAAUUUAAAAUACUCUUCAGUGCCGUGCCAGCACACACCCCAUACACCACAGUUUUACUACCAUGGUUUCCUGUGGUACUUUCCGUAUGGGGGAGAUCGUAAACCUGCACGCACAUAAAAACCAUUGCACAAAUCAUUGUCACAUGCGCAGGCAAACAAGCAGAGAAAAAAAGAGGGCAAAUAUUCAUGAUGAUCACGUUACUUAUAUUGCUGGAUAAAACAUCUUCAGACAGAAACAUAACAUUUUUUUAGAUUACUUUGUCCUGUUAGAUUUGUUCAGAGGUUACAAUGGCACUGGGGAUCAGGAAUUAAUUUAUCUUAGAGCACUUUGAGGCUCAGGCCUCAUUAAAAUAAUAUAAUAAAUUAGAAUAAUAUUUUGUGGGAGUUUUGUUACUUGACUGCAGUGCAAUGCUGCAAAUCGCUAAGCACUUUUUCCCUUUCCUUGUUACCAACAUGAUGAUGCAAAAAUACUCACUUUGCAGAACUGAACCCUUUCUUUUUAUUUUAUGUUGAUUCUUCUUACCUUUUGGAGACCCAAACACUAAGGCUGCCCUCACAAUAAGUCACUGCUUGAUACAAUUUUUUCAUAGUCUGUAUACUAACGAAGCAUAAUCAAAAUUCCGCAUAACAAGUUUGUUUUCCUGUGAACGGAGUAGUGAGCAGGUGAUCACUGGGUUUGUACAGUGUACUUGCUGUUACAAAAAAGUCUGUUGCUUUCCAUCCGUUGUUCACCACAUCUAAGGCAGACACCUGACUUACUGUGUGGUAGCAGCAUUGUGAUUUUUAAUUUAAGCAAAAUAAUGAAAUUUGUUUAAAUCAUGUUCUUUUGUUACAGAAUUACUUCUGGUUGAAAUAUUGGUUGACCUUCCAGAACUUUCCAGCUCGACUGUAAUUUAACAGGGACUUGAGUUAAUGGUUCAUAUUAGUAACAUAUACAAAAUACUGAUUCUCUUAGAACGAUAAAUACAGAAUGGAAUAGGAUUUAUCUUUUCACGUUACAAUUUAAAGUAAAAUAUUUUGCUAUUUUGGGGUUGAUUUCUUUAAAAUAUUUAAUAUUUUGUCUUACUUCAUUUAUUAAACAGAUUACCAGAGCCAUUUCAUUUCAAUUUUUGUAAUUUAUUUCUCUUCACAUGGUAUUUUGGUUAAUAAAAUAUACAAAGUUGUAAGUAACCCUCAGUACUGUGUAUUUUUAUUUAAGCAAUGCAAUGAUUAACUUGUGGAGAGCUAAAGAUGUUAAAGUGAGAAUCAGUCACUGUGUUUUUAACAUACUGAAAAUAGUGGGCUACCUAA